ACGUUGUUAUUGAAUUUUGACAGUUCUGGGUAGCAAAUUAAUAUUCGAAAUAAACAAACCCCAAAAAUUUGAUCAUACCAAACCCAAAUAAAUAACUGCUCGUGAAAUACAUUCAGUAAUACACAUAAUUGUCGAUAUUUUAGCCGCAAAUUAGGACUCAUAUCGCGACUAGCUUUCGGCGGACGAACGAUUCAUUCAAAAUUCUAACGUAUGCUUCCAACCGAAGCUAGAACAGGGAAGUGCUAGUGGCACCGCAGAGAAUAGCCGAACGUUACGCAUGCAAGCAUCGUCUAUAAAAAGCUGUACGGCGGCUCUAAAAAUACACACCAUUCUCCCCGAUAAUUCCAGCACCUUCGCGGCAACCACCGUUGCCCGUGCCCGACACCGGUAGUAAACCCGAAUGAGCGUUAUUUUUAAAUUUCCACCACUGUUCGCGGGCAGCUAAUUAGAACGGUGUGCGACUACCGGUUGCGUGCCGGGAGACUCGAGCAAGUGUUGCGGUGAGCUCUGUUUAGGGCAUCCAUUUGUUUGGCUUGCUGUGCCUAGUCUGUGGUGAAAGCUCCCAGUCUUGCUUGUGACCUGCAUCAUGAAGAAAUCAAUCUAUCGACGGGGAGAUGUGAUACUGCAGGAGAAACCAUUCGCGUGCGUACUCGAUCCUCGGUACCGUGAUUCGAGAUGUGACCGUUGCUUUAAGGAGACAAAGGUAAUGAAAUGCUCCAACUGCCUGUACGUACGCUACUGUGGCCGUUCGUGCCAGAAAGAAGCAUGGUCCGAUCAUAAAGAGGAAUGCGAAAAGCUAAAGGCGCUACCGGCGGGUCUCGUUGUCCCGCCCGCAGCACUGAUGAUGGCCAGGAUUGUACGACGGCUGCUGAAAGGUGGCGAUACGUACAAAGGCUACUACACCUCCAAGCGUUACCGCAAGUUCAGCGAUCUUAUGCCACACGAGGAAAACAUUCAAAAAGACUUGAAACGGAUGGACCACUUUGCUUCACUGUUCGUUGUGCUGCAGCGAUUGUUGGAUGAAGUGGCACGUCCGAGCAAGAUGGAAUUGCUUCGAAUUUACGGAAAGAUGUGCAUCAACACAUUCAACAUUUUGGACAACGAAAUGAACACCAUCGGGACGGGCAUGUAUAUCGGGGCCUCGAUCAUCGAUCACAGCUGCCGCCCGAACGUGGUCGUAUCGUUCGACGGCGAAACGCUCAAGAUGCGCCUGCUGGAAGACUAUCCAGAGCAGGAGCUUGAUUUCGGCAAACUGUUCAUAUCGUACAUCGAUCUGAUUGACACGACGGACGUACGGCGGGAACAGCUUUCCGAGCGGUACUACUUCGACUGUGACUGUGACCGUUGCCGGGAUGAGCAAGAGCAGAGGAGAAUGAAUGCUGCCGCAUGUCCGAACAGAAACUGCCAAGAAUCGGUCGAUAUGAACGAUUCGGAGCUGGAGCACUGUCCGCUUUGCGGGACGUCUAUCACAAAUUCCGAUCGGGACACGUUUACCGAAAUCAGUAGCUUCACACGGGAUCAUCUGGCGCAAAUGAAAAACGUUGCAUAUCUGGACGUGAGCCGGCUGUGCCUGAAGAAGCAGGAAAACAUCCUUCAUCGCUACAACGUGCACCACAUCAAAACGCUCGACAACGCGAUGGAAAGUGCACUGAACAUGGAAAAGUGGCGCGAAGCGAUCGGGUACGGAUUGCGGCUGUUGGACGGCUUUCGACACUACUACAGCCCGUACCAUCCGAUGCUGGGACUGACGUAUCUGAAGGUUGGUAAGUUGCAGCUGUACGAGUGCCAGUUUGCGGAGGCACUGAUACAUCUGCAACAGGCAGCCAAGAUUGUGCGCGUUACGCACGGCGAGCAGGACGAUCUGUACAAGCGCGUGCUCAUACCGCUGCUGUGCGAUGCGGCACAAGGCGAUUUGGGCCAUCUAGCGAUCAAGCCCACUGAUUGAAGUUCAAAUGUAGCGAAUAAAGAACAAUCGCUUACUACUUAA